UUGGUUUAUCUUUCGUUUAGGUCCGACGCCCUUCGGGGCCGGCCGCCAGUUCGAAUUCGACGCGAUUUCUCCCUUUCUAUUGCUUCUUGUUGUUUUCACAGUCGCGUGACUGCACGCUUUAUUGACACUCUUGUUUCUCCCCUCCUACCACAACAGGCAAGGGUUCAGGAACUGGAGGCAGCCCUGACACGUGCCAAUGAGGAGCUCGUUCACCUGCGGCACAAAGUCAACACCCUGCGGACCGAUUUGGCGGACACAGAGAAAACCCAGAAGGACUUUGUUGUCCUCUCCCAGCAUCUUCAGGUAGGACCUCACAUGACCCAUGCAAACGAAAGAUUUAGGCAACAGCAGUUUAUGUAG